AUGGGAUCUACUUUCAGCAAUUGUGUUAAGUCCAUAGAGACCAAUAGCUGGUCUAAUACUGAGCCUUCUGAGCUCUCUAGCAAAAGACUUGAUCGAGAGAAGUUAAGUAAGCUUAAGGAUACUGAUUACGUGAUCUUGAAGAAGAAGAUCAAGGCUAAAGAUGUGAAUCUAGGAUUUAAAUCACUUGGGAGACUUGAGAUUUCAGAUGCUAUCAUGGAAUCUGAUCAUGAAGACUCCAAUUCCUCAACCACAUCACAGGAGCACGAUAAAGAGUAUAUUUUUGAAAGAUUUGACGGGUUUGAUCAAAAUCUGGAAAGCAGUCUUUGUUCAUGCAGCUGCAUCACAGAAGAUGAGAAUGAGUCUUCUGAGUACAUCGAAAUUAUCCUCAAGAAAUCAUUUUGAAGCAAAAUGCUAUCGGGUAAUUUUAUAAAGAUCUGCAUUACAUCGGAGAUGGAGGCUUAGCCUACAUUCCUACGUAUCCAGUAUCUUAAUUUCUCUUAAAAAUCAAUU